AUGGAGGGUUCACAAUUCGAGUUUUUCCACAAGGAUCAGAAUGCAAUGGAGAAGUCACCAAGAGGCGACAUGGUGCAGCGGAUCGUGGUGGAACAACGGUCAAGAAUUUUCGGGUUUCAAAACGGCGUGUGCCGCGCCGUUACAAAGCCGUGUGGGAGUCCGGCUACUAUAAAAGCGGCGGAACUCGUUUUCGCUCACGGCCGCAUUCGCACACUCGCUGCUUUCACUAGGGCUUCAUGGGGAAGGGCCAGCGACCGGAGGAAUAACUCGACGGGCACCUCCGAUCCCUUUCGUAGCCAAUGGAGGACAACCCUAAUAUACAUUAGACGAGCAAGGGAAAGAAGAAAGCUCUUACUGUCAACAAGGAUAGAUUCAUCAGUAAAAUGUUUCUUGGAGAGGACUCUGUCAUCAUUGUGCUCAGAAAUCCCAAGUGUGAGUGGAACCUCACUUGAAGCAAGCAAAAUGGAGGAGAAAGGGGUAGUUGAUGCCACCAUUUUGAUAUGGUCAGCAGGUGUGGGUGGAACCUCACUUGAAGCAAGCAAAAUGAAGGAGACAGGGGUAGUUGAUACCACCGUGCACCUCAAAUAUGAGUGUUUAAUCUCCCACCAACCAACCACACCCCCCCCCCCCCACCACAAACUACUGCCCUCAAGUUGACAGUCAAAGAGUGUUGAUGGAUGCAAGAAAUACAAUGUAAACAGCCAGUCAUAAGACUGUUCAAGAAAAAGUAAAAAGACAGAAAAUAAGUAAGCAAUUUCACUAAAGAGAGUUAAGUGUUAGAUUUAACUGUAGAGACUACGAAAAAUAAAGGGCAUCAUUAUGUAAAUCAAAAUAAAACCCCUAUCUUGAUGUC